ACAGAAACUACAGCCCCCAUCAUGCAGAGCGCCUCGGCGAAGCCUUUAAUAGGGUAGGGCCGGGAGCAAGAUGGCAGCAACGGCGGCGGCUCCGGCUGCAAAGGGAAAGGGAGCGGCGCAGAUAAGGCUUUCCAUCCAGGUUUCACGCUGGUUUUCAAUUAAGCUUCAUGUGUAGCAUUUGCAGCUGGUCUACACGUCAUGGUUCGGAAAGGUGUUUGCUGCUGCUGUGCUGCUUUGCGCCCUCGCUACAAACGCCUGGUGGAUAACAUCUUCCCUGAAGACCCAAAAGAUGGGCUUGUCAAAGCUGAUAUGGAGAAGCUGACUUUUUACGCCGUUUCUGCACCUGAGAAGCUCGAUCGAAUUGGUGCUUACUUAGCAGAGCGACUGAGCCGGGAUGUUGUCAGACACCGUUACGGAUACGUUUUAAUCGCCAUGGAAGCCCUGGACCAGCUUCUGAUGGCCUGCCGCUCACAGAGCAUCAAACCGUUUGUCGAGAGCUUCCUUCAUAUGGUAGCUAAGCUGCUGGAGUCUGGAGAGCCAAAGCUGCAAGUUCUGGGGACCAAUUCAUUUGUUAAAUUCGCAAACAUUGAGGAAGAUACUCCUUCAUAUCACAGGCGCUAUGACUUCUUUGUUUCCCAGUUCAGCGCCAUGUGUCAUUCUUACCACGAGGAUCCAGAAGUACAAAAUGAGAUCCGAAUUGCUGGAAUCCGGGGCAUCCAGGGUGUGGUUCGCAAGACUGUUAAUGACGAGCUGCAGGCAACCAUAUGGGAGCCUCAGAACAUGGACAAGAUAGUGCCCUCCCUGCUGUUCAAUAUGCACAAGAUUGAAGAUGUCGACAGUCGGAUCUGCCCCUCUUCGUCAGCCUCGGGAGGGGAAAAAGAGGAAAACCCCUCGGCGCUGUCUGAGAAUUGUUUCAGGGAACUGCUCGGCCGAGCAACAUACGGCAACAUGAACCAUGCUGUCAGGCCGGUUUUCGCACAUUUAGACCACCACAGACUGUGGGAUCCCAACGAAUUUGCUGUCGCCAUUUUCAAAAUCAUCAUGUACUCAAUUCAGGCACAGUACUCUCAUCAUGUUAUACAAGAAAUUCUGGCGCACCUGGAUUCUCGCAGGAGAGAUUUCCCCCGAGUCCGAGCGGGUAUCAUCCAGGCCCUUUUGCAAGCAGUGGCCAUUGCUGCAAAAGGUUCCAUAGGCCCUACUGUCUUAGAAGUGUUUAACACCUUACUGAAGCAUCUGCGUUUCAGCGUCGAUUUCGAAUUAAGUGACAGGCGUAGCUCAGUGAGCAGUGCCAGCUUCAAUGCAAGUGCCAAGGAGAAUGACGAGAGAAUUGUCCAGAAUGCUAUCAUUCAAACAAUUGGUUUCUUUGGAAGUAACCUGCCAGACUACCAUCGGUCUGAGAUUAUGUUGUUCAUUAUGGGGAAAGUUCCUGUUCUGGGAGCAACUUCACACACCCUGGACACAAGCCAGUUUGGGGAUUUGGGAACCAGGCGAAUUCAAAUUAUGUUGCUAAGAUCGUUGCUGAUGGUCACAACAGGAUACAGUGCCAAGACCAUUUCUGCUGCCCUGCCCGCUCCUUUUCUGGAUCCUUUGCUCUCUCCUUCACUCAUGGAUGACUCUGAACUCAGACAGCUGGUCCUGGAAAUACUGCACAACGUUAUUGAUCGGCACGACAACCGAGUGAAGCUCAGAGGGAUAAGAAUAAUACCUGAUGUUUCGGAUCUAAAGAUAAAACGGGACAAAAUUUCAAGGCAAGAUGCGAAUUUCAUCAAAAAGCAUGGGCAGCAGCUGUAUAGGCAUGUCUACUUAGGAUGUAAGGAAGAGGACAAUGUCCAGAAGAACUUUGAGCUUCUCUACACAACGCUGGCUCUCAUGACAAUUGAACUAGCCAACGAAGAAGUGGUCAUUGACCUCAUCAGAGUCGCUAUCGCCUUGCAGGACAUUGCAAUCCUUAACGAAGACAACUUGCCCAUGUUCCAUCGCUGUAGUGUGAUGGCAGUGGUAGCUGCAUACCUCAACUUCCUAAGCCAGAUGAUCGCUGUUCCUGCUUUUUGCCAACAUGUUACUAAGGUCAUUGAAACCAGACAUGUAGAAGCACCCUAUUUUUUACCAGAAACAAUUUUCAGAGAGAAGUGCAACCUGCCCAAGUCCCUGGAGAAGGACGAAACGAGCUUGUUCUUCUUGACCAACCAAAUGGCAGAAUCGCUGGGUGGCAGUGGCUACUGCGUGGAGAGACUGUCUGUGCCAUAUGUACCACUUGUGACAGAUGAAGACAGGUUGUCCAGGAGGAAGAGUAUCGUGGACACCUUGUCAAUUCAGGUAGACAUUCUGCCUGGCUGCAGCCUGGAUGAAAAGGCAAAUAGCACUGAAGAAAUCACCUUUGAGACGCUGAAGCAGGCAAUAGACAACAAUGGGCUUGAGGAACAAGAGAAAGAAAGAAGGCGCCUUGUGAUUGAAAAAUUCCAGAAGGCUCCUUUUGAGGAAAUUGCUGCACAGUGUGAAACCAAGGCAAACUUGCUCCACGACAGGCUGACACAGAUAUUGGAACGGACCAUUCGGCCUCCUCCAAGCCCUUCUGGAACGGUGGCGAUUAACACUGGACACAACCAUUACCAGUCCAUCCCAGUCUACGAGAUGAAGUUUCCUGAUCUUUGUGUGUAUUGAGUGUCCUCUGAAUUCAUCAAAAAGACAGGACUUCCCAGACUGCACUAGAAUUUUAAAAUAAGCCAGCACGGAAAGACAGGAAAGAGGAAGAACUUCCCUUAAGAACGAAAUCGGCAAGCGCAGCAAUCUCAAGGGUUUGGUGGUCACAUGUACCCAAACACAUACUCUGGCUUUUUCCACUCUUCAGAUAAAGUCCAGGGGAAGAUGCCACAGGACUUUUUCAAAUUAAGAAACUAGGGAGGCUACAGAGUGCUGCAGAAAUGUUUAAUGGAGAUAAAAACACACAGCCGUGGUCUCCUCACCGCAAGAAAGUUAAGCUCAGUCCUGCACCCACCAAAGUCUGAAAAAUGGUUCUAAAACACCCUGGGAAUAAGGGUGAGCUCCCGUUGCUCGGUCCCUGCUCCUGCCAACCUAGCAGUUUGAAAGCACGUCAAAGUGCAAGUAGAUAAAUAGGUACUGCUCUGGCGGGAAGGUAAACGGCGUUUCCGUGCGCUGCUCUGGUUCGCCAGAAGCGGCUUAGUCAUGCUGGCCACAUGACCCGGAGGCUGUACGCCAGCUCCCUCGGCCAGUAAAGUGAGAUGAGCGCCACAACCCCAGAGUCGGCCACGACUGGACCUAAUGGUCAGGGGUCCCUUUACCAUUUACCUUUAAGGAAAAGUGGGGUGUUCCGGGAUCAAACCAGAAACCAAGACAGCAUCUCUGAAUCAGGGACGUCCCUCUGAAAAUUGGGACACUUGGAGGGUCUGAUGUUGUUGAGUGAAAGAAAAGACUGCAGAUGUGGCUUCUGCAGAACAAUUAUUCCAUGGCUGUUCUCUAUACAGUGGUACCUCGGGUUACAGACGCUUCAGGUUACAGACUCCGCUAACCCAGAAAUAGUACCUCAGGUUAAGAACUUUGCUUCAGGAUGAGAACAGAAAUCGUGCAGUGGCGGUGUGGCAGCAGCAGGAGGCCCCAUUAGCUAAAGUGGUGCUUCAGGUUAAGAACAGUUUCAGAUUAAGAACGGAUCUCCAGAACGAAUUAAGUACUUAACCCGAGGUACCACUGUAUGUGCAACCCACCAGAACCAUUUCCCCAUGCUGUGCCCCUUUGAAGCUGGUGGGAUUUGUACAAGAGACCCCUCGCACAUCUUCCACGUGCUUCAUUGGGGCUGGAGCAGGAGAAUGCCCAGGUUGCUUGUGCCCGUAGCUUUCUCCCCACAAAACUUAAAAUCGAAGUGAAACAGCAAUU